AACAGAACAACUGAAGAAGAAAGGACUGAAUUUAUAUUUGAAUACAAGCAGACAAUCAGCUAUGAUUCUUUCUACCUAUCACACCAUCCAGUCUGUUUUUUGCUGCUGCUGCUGUUCAGUGCAGAAAAGAGCAGUGAGAACAAAAUUGAGCCUGGACAAUGAUGGACAACUGAUGGCUGGAUACUCAAUGUCACAACAGCUCUCCUAUGUGUCUACCCAAAAGCACAGAUGUGACAGGCAAUUUGUUCAGCAAUCAAAGAGGAAGCCACUACCAGCGUUACCCCCACAGAUCCCUGAAGAGUAUGAAGAGAAAAUCAGAGUCAUUGCACUCUAUGAUUUUUUUGCCAAAGGACCCUGUGACUUACCACUCAGGAAAUCAGAAGAAUACAUUAUCCUGGAGAAGUAUGACCCCCACUGGUGGAAGGCAAGAGACCAAUAUGGUAAUGAAGGCCUAAUUCCCAGCAAUUAUGUAACUGAGAACGAGCGAAAUAAUUUAGAAGCAUAUGAGUGGUACUGUAAAAACAUAAACAGAAAUCAGGCAGAACUUCUACUACGGCAGGAGUCCAAAGAAGGGGCAUUUAUGGUCAGAGAUUCAAGCCAAAAGGGAGCCCUUACAAUGUCUGUGUAUUCGCGAUCUAGCGGAAGCCACAGUGGAAAUAUCCGACAUUAUCAAAUUAAGCAAAACCAUUCAGAACAGUAUUAUGUAGCAGAAAAGCACCUCUUUCCAUCCAUUCCUGAACUCAUCCAGUAUCACCAGCAUAAUGCAGCAGGUCUCAUCACCCGCCUCCGACAUCCAAUUGGAUCAAUGGGAAGUUGUUUACCAGCAACGGCAGGAUUUAGUUAUGAGAAGUGGCAGAUAAACCCAUCUGAGCUGACUUUCAUGAAAGAAGUUGGGCGUGGCCAGUUUGGAAUCGUUCAGCUGGGUAAAUGGAGAGCACUUGUCAAAGUUGCCAUUAAGGCAAUCAAUGAAGGUGCAAUGUCUGAAGAUGAUUUCAUUGAGGAAGCUAAAGUCAUGAUGAAAUUAUCCCACCCAAAGCUGGUACAGCUUUAUGGAGUGUGCAUACAGCAUAAGCCUCUCUACAUAGUGACUGAGUUCAUGGAAAAUGGCUGCCUGCUCAAUAACCUUCGGCAAAGACGAGGGAGGCUUAACAAAGGAAUGUUACUAAGCAUGUGCCAGGAUGUCUGCGAAGGGAUGGAGUAUCUAGAAAGAAAUAGAUUUAUUCACCGUGAUUUAGCUGCAAGGAACUGUUUAGUCAAUGCCAAGAAUAUAGUUAAAAUAUCUGACUUUGGAAUGACAAGAUAUGUUCUAGAUGAUGAAUAUAUUAGCUCUUCGGGUGCCAAAUUUCCAGUCAAAUGGUCAUCUCCUGAAGUUUUUCAUUUCAACAAGUACAGCAGCAAGUCUGAUGUCUGGUCAUUUGGAGUUUUAAUGUGGGAAGUUUUUACAGAGGGCAAAAUGCCUUUUGAAAAUAAGUCAAAUUCUGAAGUUGUCCAUGAGAUUUCCGAAGGUUACAGACUUUAUCAACCAUAUCUGGCAUCACUCACUGUGUACAAAGUCAUGUACAGCUGCUGGCAUGAGAAACCUGAUGGUCGCCCUGCUUUUGCUGAGUUACUUCAGACCCUCACAGAUAUAGCUGAGACUGGAUAAUCAGACUUUCUAUAAAUAUGUAUUCUCAUUGCAGAGAUAGCAUGAAGCCCCUCAUGUGGUAAUUCUCAGUCUUUUACAGUCCUAGUUAGUUAUAUCCAUCCACAGCACUGUAAAUAUUGAGGAAUCUGUGCAGUUUAGUUGGUUUUUAUUUUCAGGUUUCAUCACAUUUUUAGUGUUUUGGGGGAAAUGGAUAGUUCAGGGGAUCAGUGAUGGGCUCUUAACCUUUUUGCCGCAAGGUUGCUAGUUCAAAUCAAGACCAGGUUCAUGAUGAUCAAGUCUAUGCUGGAGAGGAAUAAGCAAGGUUCCUUCUAGUACAUGGCACAUAGGUCUAAACUGCACAACAAACCCUUCUGCUUUAUAUGGCAGAUUUACACUAAAUUCUGCAACAAUGCCAUUGAUUAAGAAAUCAUUUGAUAAUUGGUCUGGCUCAUAGAUUGGGGAAUAGGGACAGGUGGCAGCAAAAGAGACUUAAGCACCCAUUAUGGAUUUCUAUAUGGGUAUUAGAAAGACCAGGUGAGUGAGGUAAUAUAUUUUAUUGGACCAACUUCUGCCGGUGAAAGAGACAAGCUUUUGAGCUGCAGAGAGCUCUUCCUCAGGUACUGUAUAGGUCGUCAAACACAUUUGAACACAGGACCUUAGGCACUGCAACACAGACUUCUGUCAUUUGAGCUAAAAGAGCAACUUAAGAUAGUAGAAAUAGUAAGCUUUUGUCAUCCAGCAGACCAGUCAUUAAAGGGAGAUGCAACCUCAUUUGCCUGUGUGGUAUACAUUCUCUUAGAGGACGGGUGGGAAGGCACGCAGGAAGACGCAGGUAUCCUAGUGGCUCUUAAAUCCCAUCUGAAUGGAAUGCCACUCUGUAACAAGUUAGGAGCUGCAUAGCUGGUGAAGGUGCCUGCCUGUAUUCCUUAGGAGCAUGAGAAAACAACCAUCAUCUCCUGCUUUCUCCAAGGCAGCAUUUCCCAUGCCACCCUUCUGCCUCUUGCUGCUGCGUACUUAACUAACACCCUCCUUCACUCAGCUAUACUGAAGCCCCUCAUGUGGUGUGCCAGUGGACAAGCUGAAGAGAGAGAAAAUGGCAGGAAAUUGGAACCUUUUUGUAUUUGUGUGGCAUAUGUAGUUUUUUGCAAAAUCAUGGCAAAUAGAUAAGUUAUCCGUCCAAUUUGUGUAACCAGUACUUGUUAUAAUUGGAACCCUGCUGUGAACAACAAUUGCACUGGUAACUUUUGUACAUUAUAUAUUUGUGGUGACCAAUGUUAGUGUGAAAAAAGCUUAUUGUUUGUAGCUGUACUAUCUGUUAAAUUUAUAAUAUGGAAGAGAAAUAGCAGAGCACUAAAGAAAAGGAAAACUAAAUAACUCACAUGCUACAUAUAUAAUCAUAUGUAUUAUUUAUACAUAGAUGCCUGUAUACAUUUGUAUUUUACAGCAACUUGUAGGGAGACAAAAUAUUUAAAACCUAUUGAUUGAAGAACAUUCUGCAUGACUUCUACAGUUUUAUCAUUUUAUUCUAAAUAAAAAUAAACAUUUUCACAGUUUUUGGAAUUAUGCCCAGUGAUAGAUUCCUUGGACUAAAUUCAGUCCUGACGUAAGCCUGGGUAACCUCCACUGAUGAUAAUAGUGUGCAAUAUUUUUAAGCAACGUGAUUAUCUGCAGUUAUUUGAAGAAUGUAAACAUCAAAGAGGAAGAAGAAAUGUUUAAUUACUUCGUGUACACCUGUGGAAAGUUGCCAGUUCUUUCGACUGCAUU